GCCAGGGGUGGACAUUCCUGCCUGGUCCUUCUCACUUGAUGCUGGCUCCUUGCUCUGAGGUUCCCAACCAUGACCACUGUCCCUUGCAGGUUGUGUGGCAGGAUGGAUGCCUCCCUGGAGCCCCCAAAACAGGGCAGGGCACUGGUGCUGGUCCGACGGCAGCCCCCAGCACCUCAGGGCCUGCUGGAGACACUGAAGGCCAAGCUGAUGCAGAGCUGCACGUGCAGCGUGCCGCGUGCCCGGGCCUUGCUGCAGGACCUGAUCCCUGCCAUACGCUGGCUACGUCAUUACCGCCCACAGGAGUGCCUGGCAGGUGACACCAUGUCUGGGCUGGUCAUUGGUAUCAUUUUGAUACCACAGUCCAUUGCCUACUCACUGUUGGCUGGGCUGCAGCCCAUCUACAGCCUCUACACCUCAUUCUUUGCCAACCUAAUCUACUUCCUCAUGGGCUCAUCACACCAUGUCUCUGUGGGCAUCUUCAGUCUGCUGUGCCUCAUGGUGGGACAGGUGGUGGAUCGCGAGCUCCAGCUGGCUGGCCUUGACCGCUCCCAGGAUGGUCCAGGGCCCAGGGACAACAGCAGUGCCCUCAACAGCUCAGACCCCAUGUUGGCGCUUGGGCUGCAGGACUGUGGGAGGGACUGCUACGCCAUCCGUGUUGCCACCGCCCUCACGUUGGUGUCCGGGAUCUACCAGGUCCUCAUGAGUGUCUUCCGGCUGGGCUUUGUGUCCACUUACCUUUCACAACCGCUGCUCGAUGGCUUUGCCAUGGGGGCCUCUGUGACCAUCCUGACCUCACAGCUCAAGUACAUGCUAGGUGUGAGGAUCUCUCGGCACCAGGGCCCAGGCAUGGUGGUCAGGACAUGGCUGAGCCUGCUACACAGUGUGGGACAGGCCAACGUGUGUGACGUGGUCACCAGCACUGUGUGCCUGGCAGUACUGCUGGCAGGUAAGGAGCUGUCAGACCGGUGCCGGCGCCACCUGAGAGUACCACUGCCCACAGAACUCCUAGUCAUCGUGGUGGCCACACUUGUGUCCCACUUUGGGCAGCUCCACGCGCACUUUGGCUCAAGUGUGGCUGGCGACAUCCCCACUGGAUUUGUGGCCCCGCAAGUGCCAGACCCCAGGCUGAUGUGGCGUGUGGCACUAGAUGCAGUGUCCCUCGCCCUUGUGGGCUCGGCCUUCUCCAUCUCUCUGGCAGAGAUGUUUGCCCGAAGCCAUGGCUACUCCAUCCGUGCCAACCAGGAACUGCUGGCCGUGGGCUGCUGCAAUGUUCCCUCCUUCUUCCACUGCUUUGCCACCAGUGCCACCCUGUCCAAGAGCCUGGUGAGGACGGCCACUGGCUGCCGAACACAAGUGUCCAGUGUCAGCGCGGCCGUGGUGCUGCUGGUGCUGUUGGUGCUGGCUCCAUUGUUCCGAGAUCUGCAGCGGUGCGUGCUGGCCUGUGUCAUUGUUGUCAGCCUACGGGGGGCCCUACGCAAGGCAAAGGAACUUCCGCAACUAUGGCGGCUGAGCCCGGCAGAUGCACUGGUCUGGGUAGCCACUGCAGCCACCUGCAUACUGGUCAGCACCGAGGCCGGGCUGCUGGCUGGGGUGCUCUUCUCACUGCUCAGCCUGGUAGGCCGCACACAGCGCCCAAGGGCCACCCUGCUUGCCCGCAUCGGGGACUCAGCUUUCUAUGAGGAUGCCACAGAAUUUGAGGGCCUCCUGCCCCCACCCGGAGUGCAGGUGUUUCGCUUCACCGGGCCACUGUACUAUGCCAACAAAGACUUCUUCCUGCAGUCACUCUACAGCCUCACAGGGCUGGAUGCAGGGCGCUCGGCUGCCAGGAGGAAGGAGCAGAGCCCAGAGGUGGGUGUCAGUGAGAGAGGCCCCGCUGAUCGCAAAAACAUGGGUUCACUGAGCAGCGGGGCUGGGUUGGAGCCCCUGGCAGUUGGUUUCCACACAGUGGUCAUUGAUUGUGCCCCACUGCUGUUCCUGGAUGUUGCUGGCAUGGCCACGCUGCAGGACUUGCGCAGGGACUACAGGGCCCUGGGUGUGGCCCUGCUCCUGGCCUGCUGCAGUCCCUCAGUGAGGGAUACACUGAGGAGGGGGGGCUUUCUGGGGGAGGACCAGGGGGCAGAGGAUGAGCAGCUGUUCCCCAGCGUGCACAGUGCCGUGGAGGCUGCGCUUGUCCACCAAGGGGAGCUGAUAACUGCCGACUCUACCCUCUAGCAGGGCCAGGGCCUGCUCACCAGCCUCUACUCCCUUUUGAGAGCUGAGGCCGUUGUCUGCAGGCUGUCACUGAGCCCCUUCCCAAGGACACCGCAAGGGCUGGGGUCAUCCAAAAGGUGCAUCCCUGGGUCACCUCCACCUUGGAGAAGCCAAGGAACCUUAAAUUCUCAGCGAUCAAGAACCACAAAUGGCUGGCGGAGUGGCUCAGGUGGUCAGAGUGCCUGCCUAACA